CGCGCGCUCAGUCACCUUCCGCCAUGGACACACCCGAAGCCCACACCGGACCCCCCAUCCCACCAGAGCUCUCCGCGCUCACUGCCAGCCUUGAUGGAAACUUGCACACCCUCGCGACGGGGAACAAUGCCAUUCGUGACGCCGCUCUCAAAGCGGCGAAAUGCGUCUUUGAUCUCGCCAUGAAGAGCGAGCCACAGGCAAAGCCGCAUAUUGACAAGCUGCUGGCGACACUAGGACCGGCGAAUGCACCAGAGACCCGCUCGCAGGCGCGCAAGCGCAAGCGUAGCCCCAGCCCGGCGCCUAUUCCCACUUUCCAGACCACCCCCCUCGCGGCGCUCUACACGGAUGGCAUGGACGAUGAUCAAGUGUGGAGUCAACUCGAUCUGAGGAGCAAGCAGCUCUGCGACAUGCUGGACUUUGUGCUUGAGGGCGAACUGCCGGACUCCGAGCUUGAGGGUGAUGAACCUGACGAGGAGGACGGCAUGGAAGUGGAUGGGGACGAGGAACUUGACGGGCUCGAGGGAUUCGACGAAGAGGACGAGAGCUUUGACGGCCAAGAAGAUGAGGACGCAGACGAAGAUGAAGAUGUCGAAGACUCAUCCUCUGUGGCGUCACAGACCGAGCGGAUACAAGACCUCCGCGACGCCUCCGAUGGCGAGGAGGAUGAGCCCGACGCCCUAUCCCUACUCGAGCGCAUGGACAAGCGACCAUCGCGUAUACCAACCCGCCGGAAACGCGGGCACUCGGAGCUGGACGACGGCUUCUUCGAUCUCGCUGCUUUCAACGCUGAGACGGAGGAGGCGGAGUCACGCCAGGUCUCGCGGGGUCACCUUAACGAAGACGACUCGGACGACGAUGAUAACAUCUCUGUCGACCUUUUCGCACCGGUGGACGAUGAGCAAGCGCUGGAGGAAUCCGACGAUGAGCAGACCGAGCCUUACUACAAGGACUUCUUCGAGCCACCGAAGAAAUCACCGACGAAGGGGAAGGGAAAGGGCGCUUCACCAAAGAAAGCCGGCGGCGUGCGCUUCCACGACGAAGUGCGGGUGAAGAACAUCAAGAAGCGGGGCAAAGGCCUGCCCGUCAACUACGAUCCCGUAGGCGACGAGGAUGAGGACGAGGAUGACGAGUACGACGAGGAGGGAGAUGUACCUGAUGACAGCGAGGAUGAUGAAGAGGAGGAGGACGAGGAUGAUGAUGAUGCCUCCGACGACGAUGAGGACAUGGAAGAGAAUGAGUCAGACGCCGAAUCAUCACUCGACGGCCUUCGUGGCAAAGAGACCAUCGACCGCUUGAAGGACGACCUAUUCGCUGAUGAGGAGGAUCAGGAGGAAGCCGCCGACAUGACCGCCCACGAACGACGCAUGGCCGCCCUCCGCGAGCAGAUCGCCGAGCUCGAACAGGAGAACGUCGGCGAAAAGGACUGGGUCCUCAUGGGCGAAGUCGACUCGCGCAAACGCCCCCAGAACUCCCUUCUCGAGGAGGACCUCGAGUUCGAGCGCCUCUCGAAGGCCAUCCCUGUGGAGACCGAGGAAGUCAUCAAGUCGCUCGAGGAGCGCAUCAAGGCGCGCAUCCUCGCGAACGACUUCGACGACGUCGUGCGGAUACGGCCGGUUGACGACAAGCCGUUCUUGCCCUCAAGGUUCUUCGAGCUCAGGGACAAGAAGUCGGAGCAGGGUCUCGCAGAGAUCUACGAGGACGAGUAUUUGGCAGCGCAGAGCGGUGUCGGCACGGACGAUCGCGACGGCAAGCUCAAGAAGGAGCACGACGAGCUCGACAAGAUGUGGGAGGGUAUCUGCUACAAGCUCGACGCCCUCUCGAACGCGCACUUCACGCCGAAGCAGCCCAAGGCCUCAAUAUCCACCAUCUCCAACAUGCCCACCGCCUCCCUCGAAUCCGCCCUCCCCACUGCCGUCUCGACCACCUCCAUGCUCGCCCCGCAAGAAAUCCACGCCCCCAAACCGUCCGACCUCCGCGCCCGCACCGAGCUCACGCCUGCCGAGAAGCGCGCCCUGCACAACAAGGAACGCAAGGCGAAGCGCAAGAUGCGCGACACGCUCGAGAAGAGCGUCGACAAGUUCGCGCGCAUGAAGGGUGCGAAGGGCACGCGCAAGCAGAAGGAGGAGGCGUUGAGGAGCGUGGUGAAGAGCGGGAAGGGGGUGACGGUAGUCGGGAAGAAGAACAAAGAGAUAUUGGAGCAAAGGGGGAAGAAGGGGAAGAAGGUAUAGGGUCCGGCGGGUUGCCGAUAUACGUCCGCCUAGCCAGUGUCACUGUCUGCGUAUUGAUUACUCUCCGCUACGGAAAUUUGCCUUGUACUACUGUGUCCCCAC